AUGCAAUUACAAAUAGUCCUCCUACUUCUGUGCAGAUUUCUCUUGAUAGAAGGACGCGAUGACUUCGAGGAAAGAAAAGAAUUCCACGAGUGGUUGUGCCGGAAGAGGCCAUCAUUAUCGAGCUGUUCCAAGUCUUUUACAAAGUUGUCCUACGAGAAAGAACUGACUGAUCAUGGAGAACGAGGUACUCCGCUGCUGGAGAAGACGGCUGCCCGAGCAUUUGCAGCAAGAACCGAUGUCAGAAGGGAUUCGCCAUGGAACGACGCCGAUGAAGAUGAGGAAUACGAGUACUACCUGUGGAAAAAGUAUAGACGUGCAAAACUGCGUAGACGACUUCUGGAAAACAGUUUUGACAGCACUCCAUCGAUACAUCAUCACUACCACCACAGUGAUCAGUCUUACCCCUACUACAGCAGACCAAGUUACGGUUACAGGUAUCCCAGUUACAGCUAUGGUUAUCCAUCCUAUGGUUAUGGUAGGUGGAUACGGUUAUGGAUAUCCUUCAUAUGGCGGCUAUGGCGGCUAUGGAGGUGGUUAUGGUGGUGGACUGUUCAGCAUGGGAAUAACUCGAGGGCUCGGCAUCAGCACCCCCAUUGGUGGUUUUGGUAUUGGCAGCAGUUUCGGUAUUGGAAUCGGCUA